AUGUACUCCAUCCGCUUGCUACCACUCUCUGGGUCGUCCUCCACAGAAUUGGAGCUUCCACCUGAUGCCUCCAUCGGUGAGGUGCUGCAAAGAGCUCGUGCCUCCCUCGGCUGCGACCCAAAGACUCGGCUGCAGCUGCUUUUCGAAGAUCGGCUGCUACAGAUGCAGGAGACCUUGGCCACCCUGGGCCUACCGGACCCUCCCUUUCAGGUGGAUCUGCAGCUCCUGCAACAACCCAGGCUUGUGGAGCGCAUUGACAGGCAAACCUCUGACUUCCAGCGAGUUGAUGUCGGCAUCUGCGGGCAGCGGGAGGCUGGAAAAACAAGCUUCUUGAGCCAAUAUGUGGAUCACCGUUUCUACUCCGAUCGCUUCGGGAACGUCAUGCCCACGGUUCGCUUUGCGAACCUCCGGGUCGAGAAGGAGGACAGCAUGGUUCCCGUGAAGCUUUUCCUCUACGAUCUGCCUGGGUCUUGCGCCCAUUGGAAUGCUGGAGAAGAUCCUCGCAUGUUCCAGCGACAGGCCGCCGUCAUCUUCGUGGCGGACCUGGAGACACUGCGUCUGGAUGAGAUUCAGCGCUUGCUCGACAUAUCUGCGCCAAAGACUUUCUCGGAGAGAGUGCUGGUCGGCAACAAGGCUGAUGCUGCUGCUCCUGGGAACAGUGAAGAGGCCGAGGCUUUCGCCACGGCCCAGGGUUUGACGUACUUCGAGGCCUCUGCCAAAGAUCACGAGAGUGUAGACGUGGUUCUUCGGCACACCCUGCUUGCCGUGAUGGACAAGCUGGAACUACAUCUGACGCCUGUUGGCAGAAACGGCGCAGAUACGCCACCAGAGCGGUCGCGCUGUGAGGUGCUGCAAAGAGCUCGUGCCUCCCUCGGCUGCGACCCAAAGACUCGGCUGCAGCUGCUUUUCGAAGAUCGGCCGCUACAAAUGCAGGAGACCUUGGCCACCCUGGGCCUACCGGACCCUCCCGUUCAGGUGGACCUGCAGCUCCUUCACCUGCAACAACCCGGGCUUGUGGAGCGCAUUGACAAGCAAACCUCUGACUUCCAGCGAGUUGAUAUCGGCAUCUGUGGGCAGCGGGGGUCUGGCAAAACAAGCUUCUUGAACCAAUAUGUGGAUAAUCGUUUCCAUGCCGAGCGCGUUCUGAGCGUCAUUCCCGUGGACUUCAAGAUUACGAAUCUCCGGGUCGAGAAGGAGGACUGCAUGGUUCCUGUGAAGCUUGUCCUCUGGGACCUGCAUGGGUUUCACGACACUUGGAAUGGAGUACGUGCUACAAUGUUCCGGCGGAAGUCCGCCAUAAUCUUCGUGCUGGAUCUGGAGACAAUGCAGCUCGAUGAGAUUCAGCACUUGCUGGACAUAUCUGCGUCGGAGACUGUCUCAAAGAGAGUCCUGGUGGGCAACAAGGCGGAUGUUGCUGCUCCAGGGAACACUGAAGAGGCCGAGGCUUUCGCCACGGGCAAGGGUUUGACGUACUUCGAGGCCUCUGCCAAAGAUCACGAGAGUGUAGAAGUGGUUCUUCGGCACACCCUGCUUUCCGUGAUGGACAAGCUGGAACUAGAUCUGACGGUUUUUCGCUCGGACCGAGCAUUGGCCCCAGACCCACCGUUUCAGCGGUCGCGCUGCGCCUUGCAAUAG